AUGGAUAUCACACCAGAUAAAGGCGAUGAAAUGGCAAGAUCAUCAUCAACAUUAUCAAUUGGUCCCAUUUCCAGUAAAGCCGAACGUGAAGAUAAGAUAGAAGAGAAAAAAGGUUCUGCUCAAAUAGCACUAGAUGAUUCAGAAUAUCCAGCAGCAGUUUUGGACAUGUUAAACACGAUGAGCGAGGUCAACAUGCUAAUCGGAAAAAUCGUCUUCCAGAUGAAAUAUCCAUUGCCGUUUAAAGGCCGAAAAUCACAUUACAGUCUCCAUUACUCCCAACGUGUAUAUUUACCGGAAGAUCUUAACGUGAAAAUAAUGUUCAACAUGUUUUUGCAACAAAAUCCUAAGAAAAAGGUUUCCUACAAGACUUACAGAACUAUAUUUGUAACUAAAUUCAACAUAAGUUUUGUCUAUCUACGAACGGAUACUUGCAGUGCCUGUGAUGAGCACAAGGCCAAGAAAAUGAGCAUCGAAAACGAUCUUUCACAAGAAGCGCGUUUAUCUCGUUUGGAAACAGAACAUAAAUUGCAUCUUCUAAAAGCUGAAAUGUUUUACAAAAGAAAGAGAGCAAUCCGUUUAAAUUCUCAAAAACGUACAGAAAAAGGGGCAAUAGCAAUGGAUUUUUAA